AAAAUGAAAAACAAAAAUUGUUUUUACACUAAACUAUUCCAUAGUAAAUUUCAUUUAUACAUUUUAGAUCUUUAUACAAAUAAACAAAACGAUAUAGUUUUGAAUAAGCUUAAUAUGACUAUAAAUUAAACAGUUUUGCAGUAUAAUACGUUGUAUUUCAAGUCAUACAUCAUUAGAUUUACAAAAAUGCUUUGGACUAUUCUCUUCAAUCGAUUUUGUUACAACAACAAAAACUAUUACUUUUACUAUUUUAUUGUUAUCAAUUUGUUUCUUUUUAUGUAUAUUCAUUCAAACACAGAGAUAAAUCUACCUGGUGGACGUUUUGAAAUAGAAAUUUAUUACAUAAAUCUAGAAUCAACUACAAGUAGUGGAUUUUACUGUGAUUGGCAAUUACAUCGAUGUGAUGUUUAUAUAAUUGUGAAAUUGUAUGAGUUAGCUGACAAUAACUCAAGGCAAUUAAUCCGUGUGAGAACAGAGACCAUUGCGGACACUGCGGAAUUUCGCAUUAAAGUAUCUGAAAAAAUAAAUGAAAAAUUACCUGAAAAAUAUAGAUUAGAUCUUUAUGUCUACGACGAAGAUGCUUUGGGUGAACAUGAUAUAAUUACCAUCGCUACAGGAUUGUAUCAGCCAGAAAAAACCAACGUAUUUCAAACUAUUCCAUUAAAUUACAGUCAUAUAAGUGACUCUUUCAGCCUUAACUCAUCAAUCAGACUAACGUGUAAUUCAAAUUAUUAUGGGAAUAAAUGUGACAUAUUCUGUUCGCCUCAUCCAUGGGCAUACGAUUGUGACAAGAAUGGACGAAAAAUUUGUUUGCAUGGCAGACAUGGUGUCAACUGUGACAUUAUUGACUACUGCCAAAUACAUCCUUGCCCCAAAAAUACACGCUGUAAAAAUUUGCCGAGGGAACAUCGUCGAAAAUGCAUUUGUAAAAACUAUGAAGGUCCCGAAUGUCAUUCAGUUUACUAUUCUUGCGAAAAGUCGCCAUGUAAGAAUGGUGGUCGUUGUACACUACUACGUGAACUGAUAGAGGAUAAUGAUGCUGAAGGGUUCAUAUAUACUAAUCAAGGAACCAAUGAUGAUGACGAUGAGACUAUAUGUAUUUGCCCGGACAACUGGAGUGGACCAUUUUGUACGCAACCAGUUAUUGAUUGUAUAUCGGAAAACGAAAAGUACAGGCUUUCGACUAUGCGCUUGACAAAUCGCUUUUGUUUAAACGGUGGAGUUUGUAUAAUUCAUCCUGGUAAUUCGAGUCCACGAUGUUCCUGUCCACCAGAAUGGGAUGGAUAUUUUUGUGAAUUAAAUAAAAGUUGGUCAGCUGGUAGAAUGUUUGGAAUAGCGUUCUCUAUUAUUUUUGUGAUAUUUCUUAUUCUAGUCAUUGGAUUCUUUGUUUGGCUGUGUUAUAUGUCUAGCAUUUGAAUAAGUGUAUUUGAACUAACAAACUAAAACGUAGUGAACUGUAAACUCACACACAUUUGCAAUACAAUGUUAGGAAAUACAUAAUUCCAUCUGAACAGGAAAAUGUAAGAUUCAAAUAAAGUUAUAACUGGAUCUUGAACACAGAGUUGAUUGGAUGAUAAGAGCUAAUGAAAGUAAACUAAAAAAACUAAACAGAAAUGCUUGAAGAUAUGAAAAUGUAACACAAGAAAAAAUCAGAUUGGGGCCCGUGUGAUCAGAAUGUAAUGACAGGAGAGCAGUUGUAUGACUUCUCUGUUUCUCUAUCUAGUCCAUUCGUCCAUUAGUUCACUGUUAGAAAGGUUGGUUUUUCUACGUUUACACGUAUGGAACGUUAAUUUACCUUAGACGAAUAUCUACACUAUAUUCCUUCUCAGCGUCUAUUCUACAGGACUUCAACACAACUCAGAUCAAGAACAUGUGAUCAGCCUGACUAGAACGUAAAUAUAUUUCCACACCAAAACCCUACACAGUCCAACAACAAUGAACAAUUGAUGAUAAUAAUAAUUAUAACGGUAAGGGAAUAUAUAACUCACCUGACACCUGUCAGACUAUCUACAUGUCUGACCAAGCAGACAACCAAUCAUUAUCAUUCUCGGCCACAGAUCAUUCACAUGUAUUGCUAGUAAUACCGACCACCUUCUGUUUGCCAGUCUGACACAUCAAUCAAGAAGUCACUGCUUAUUUGUCCUCAAGAUCCUUCUAACGUAGUGUCCAAUUAAAAAACGAAGGUAAAAGAACAUCAGUUCUCUGUCAUAUACCAAUUCAAUUAUAACUCAAAACUUAUACAGUAAUAUCUCUGAAAUGUCUGACCACACAGAAGUAUAAUUAGGAAACCACAAAUGCUACUAAAUCAGCGUUUUGGAUAAACAAUUAAUUAAAAAUACAUCUAAAGUAAUAAAACAUAUGAGAACUACUUAUGGACUAAACAAAAACUUAGAAAUAGAAAGAUAUAAAGAAUACAACAGUUUAACCAUCUACUAAUUGUAGAAUAAAACUGUCAAUAAUAAUCUUUCGUAUGAUAGUCUAAUAAAGUAUAGCUCCCACUACUCGGCUCAUUAUAUUAAUUAAGUUAUUAUGGCAAUAAUAAUUUAUUAUAAUUUCCUAUUGAACAGUUACAUGAUAUGAAAUCAAUUCAAGAAAGAAAAAACUCUAAGUGUUUUGUCUGUUGCUCGUCAAGAACAGUUUCUAUUUAUUUGCUAAACUUUUUAUAUAAACUUUAUGAAUAACAAAUGAACUUGGAAAAUAUAUGUUCUAUAUGAAGUAAAUACUUUUGGAUACGUUAGGUGGUUCAAAUGAACAUACAGCAAUACAUUUUUUUCAGUAUACUUGAUGCCACAUCUAUGUAUGAGUUAACUGAUUUGAUAUUUUCAACAAAUAUUAUCUAAUCUGUAAUUUCUUUUACUUUAGACAUCCAAAUAUUCCACAACAUCCAGCAAUUACAUAUCUAUCGAAUUUCCCCUAUAAUAGUACUAUCAGUGAUAAUGACAGUCAUGAAAAUACACGAGUUUACAUGAAACAUGAAAAGAUAUUUGAUAUUCCAGAAAGUAAUCAUUCCCCUGUUAAAUUGAGUACAUUUGGCGAUAACGCAAAUUCACAGAUGGAUACACGUAAAAUGGAAAAUCUUUAUGAAGUACCUUAUACACCAAACACAGCAAAACAGAAUGAUGGUAAUUUUAACUCUCUAAAUCGAAAUGGAAGUCCAUUUACAACUAUUCAAAGUACUGAUGAAAACAUUUACGUUAAUUAUAACACUUUGAUGUCCAAAGAACUAAAGAUUGGUUUAGAAGACAUUCGAAGGGUUACCGGGAGCUGAUAUAUAAGUCUACGAAUUUCUAAACUUCAGUGACAUACAUAAUGUUAAGACUCAAAAAGCUUGUACGUGAUGGGUUCAAAUAAUUUAAUCAAUUACAUUAUAUUCCAAAUUUUUAAAAGUGAUUCGUAUUUCCUCUCAUUUCAUUUUACCACUUUAUACUGUUCGAUAACUAAUGUAUUCGGUAAUUUAUGUACAAUUUAUACGACCUGAUUAAGAUGUGUAUCAAGAUGUAGAUUUAGUUCAGUCAUUUUUCAUGUAAAAUAUUAUACACAUAUGGUUUGCUGAAUACGUUUUUUAUAAAAUAAGCAUCCAUUUCUAAAACGAUGAGUAGUAGGUUUUUUAUAUCACAUUAUUAAAGGAAUUUAGUUAUACGUCAGGAUAAGUCUAAGAAAAUAUACAAACCCAAACAGGGAUCUAGUACAGUUUUAAUUGCAGUAAUUUAUAAUUGUAAUUCCGUACUAAAAGAGAGUGAAUAAAAUGUUUAAAAAAGAUUUUUUCUGCAUAAAAACUGAAAAAGACUAUCUUAGAAUAUUGUUAAAUGCAGGUGUACAGUCAAAUAUUUGAUAGAAAUCUUGAAAUUGUGUACUUAAUUAGCCAUCUUGUAAUCGUAAAGUCAAUUACUUGCUGUGACGUUUUUAUACAGUAACGAUUCGUUUGUGCAUUAUUCCGUAGCUUAUUUAAAUUCCAAAGACAUUAUCUUUGAUUGUGCUCACCGAGUUCUUCCUGACUUGAAUACCGGGCCAUACGUGACUUGUAGUGACUUACUUUUAUCACGAGAACACGAUUGGUUUAAU